AAGUAGGAUGGAAGAUGGCUCGAAUUUGACUAUGGGGAAAGAUGUUGAAGGGUGUUCUGGUAACGAGAAACUUGAUGAUGGUAAAGAAGGUGAGCACUGGCCAGAAGCAUUGGAAAGUGAAGAACUGGGACCACCAACUGUUGGGAUGGUAUUUACUUCCGAAGAAGAUGUUCGAGAUUAUUACUCGAAGUAUGCUCAACAUAAAGGGUUUGGCAUUUACAGGAGAAGCUCAAGGUGCGGAGACGACGGGAAGGUCAAAUACUUUACGCUUGCUUGUGCUAAUGCCGGUAAAGUACGUACAAACAAUCCAAAUAAGAGGUUCCCAAUGAGGCAGUCAUCUAAGACAAAUUGCAUGGCCAAGAUCAAUGUCGCAGUAGAAUCUGAUGUCCGGGUUUAUGUGUGUCACGUUGUCCUUGAACAUAAUCAUGAACUGAGUCCAGGAAAGGUGCAACAAAAUAUACGCAAAAAAGUUUGGAGUCCUCGAGUGCAAAGAAAACGUCGAAGGGAAGAACAGAUAGGGAUUGAAUCAUGCAAUCCCUCUCAUCCAAAUAUCGGAAAAGUUCUGGGCUAUGAGAAUUCAGGUUCAGCUAAUGGUUACAAUCAUCUUCCAUACCAUACUACUGGCAUUUCCACGGGUGAAAAUGCUUUCCAUCUUCUCAACAGAAGUUCAGCAUCGGGAGUUUAUCCAGAUUUCCAGGAUACUUUAAGCUGUGCCCUUGCAAAGAGGGCUGUGGGACUUGUGAAAUCUGGAAUGGUGAUCGGGCUGGGCACUGGAUGCAUUUUGUCUCUUUUCAUUGGGGAGCUUGGGAAACUAAUUAAAGAAGGAAAG